AAUAUCCUUGUUACUUAAUAUUUACUUGCUAUCGCCCGUUCUUGAAGACGACAUGACAACAGUCUUAAUAAGUGUCGAAGCUUGCGUUUUUAGUGUAAACACGUCGUUUAAGCCGAGUAGGAUAACGAGCUGGUUGAUUUUUACGUACAUAAAUUGCCUUGUUAUGUUCCGUCCUCUGUGUGAGCGCAAGCAAGAGCGGAUACGAACGGCGCUCACGUCACAGUCAGCAGUUCGUGACGUCACAGCUAGUCGCGGGAGGAAUCGGCCGUAUCUUUCCACCUUGAGGAAUCGUACAGGGACUGUCACCAGAUUUUGCUCCAUUCUUCCUUUUGUUCAUUUAUCCUUCUGUCUCCAAGUAUACCCCACGCACGGAGAGAGAUACAAUGAUGAAAAGGCGAAAUACGUAGCUUUUCUCCCCCGGGCGAAUAUGUCCACACUUAUAACAUGACGCAAUAUUUGACGUUCCUCGCCCAGUACGACUGUCAGCUGUUACGUUCACUUGGGACUGUUCAGCCUUCUGACAGGCAGAGCCACCCGCUGCCCCUGCCAUGGACGAGGAGGGCUACCCCCUGGCGCGGCUGGAGCAGAGGCUGGAGGGCGAGGCCCCGCGCGCCCUCCCCUCGCGGUGCCACGAGUCGGGCGAGGAGGCCUUCUGCCAGAUCCACGUCAUCCGCAGGCCCCCCGCCGGCCCCGACGCGUCCUCCCCCUCCCCGGCGAGAAGGAGGGACGUGUUCGAGGGGCCGGGCGUUGGGGUUGCCCUCCGCGAGGCCCCGAGGCUCAGUUACUCGAAGAGGAAGCGGUUCCGGGUCGACCGCGCUCUGUCGGGUCGCGAGGAGGACCUCCAGACCAGGGCCUUGCUCGAGACCGCCCUCAGUCGCCGGGCGCUCCACGUGGAGGUGGACGCCUUGGCCCUCGACCCGCGGCUCCAUCAGGGCGUGAGUCGAGUGCUCCACGUCCCCGCCAACCAGGGCUGCCUCUGCAACGACCCAGCGUGUCCUACUGUGGCGUCGCCUCCGAGCGAUGUCAUAUGUAGGGACAGGCCGGUGGAGGACCCCCGCGGAAGGCCGUCCUCUCCCUCGGUAAGGAAACCGAAGGAAAAGAGAAGAGAGAUAUACAUCAGCACCUGGAAGGAGCUUAUCCUCGGAGAAGCCAUCUUCGACGCGCAGGAACCGAAAUUCAAGGAGCCGAGAUUUCGCUGCAUGUUCAAGUACUCGAGAUGGGCGAAGUGCAUGCCCUUAUUCCUCCUCAGGCUGCUACAUCUGCUCUUCUUAAUCGUACGCCUUUUUCUACCGUCGGUGAGCAUCACGGGGUUCUACUACCACCGGGUGUACAGGCACCUGCGGAUUCACCAGGUAGGCGAAGAGCGGGGGAUCGAACCCGUGUUCACCGGGAAAGUGUACCACGGCCCCAUCAUCUACGGGGUUCGAAUGCUGACCUGCCCCUUCUGCAGGGAGAAGAGCGCCUCGAAGAUCAGCCUCAAGUACUUCGAGUCCACGUAUCGAGAGCGGAAGGAAGCGGCAGUGCGGUAGAGGCCAAUGUGCUUCAUGUGACGUGUUUUACCUAUAUAUGUGUGAAUGAAUGUGUACGCACGCAAAUACCCCCCAUAUAUAUAUAUAUAUAUAUAUAUAUAUAUAUAUAUAUAUAUAUAUAUAUAUAUAUAUAUAUAUAUAUAUAUAUAUGUAUGUAUAAACUUAUGUGAUUCAGUUUCAAUAUGCUUAUUUUUCUGCAAACCAAAGAAAAUAUGGUUGUAUAUUCGUAUUACGAGAGAGAUGUCCGUAUGUGCUGUGUGCACUUAUUUCCAGACUUUUGUUGGUGCUAUUGUCAAUCAAGAAUAACUUUGGUGUUUCUUUAUUGCUUCUGCAUAAUUGUACAUUACUCAUUUUACAGUGUGUAAGUCUGACAGCAUACAUGGUGUACACAACCACAUGUCUACAUUGUAUGAAAUUACAUCAGAAGGCACAGAUGAACACUAGAUAGACACACACACACACGCACACACACACACACACACACACACACACACACACACACACACACACACACACACACACACACACACACACACACACACACACACACACACACACACUCAGACUCACACACGAACAAACAAUCAUUUACAAACAUAUAUUUUAUAAAUGUUCAGUAUGAUGUAUAUAUAUGUACAAUUUGAUAAUAUAUUUAUGUUUGAUAUUAAUGGUAACGGGCAUAACAUUUAGGCUGUCAAAUGCUAUAACAUGUCAAGGAGAAAGAAUAUUAAAUAUAUAAUUAUGAAUUAAU